UGUCGUUUUCACUUUUAAAUAGCCUAGUCAUCCGAACCCCGAGCUAGCUGGCGCUACAAAAUGGCUGCCCAAGUGUGAGGCUAUAGUGAAAAAGUGGACUUUUGUGCCGUGAUUCAUUAAAAUAAACAAUAUAGUGUACUAAAAUGCCGCCUAAAUCAAGGAGAAAUCGACGUGUGUCGACGCCGACGCGAGAUGACCUCGAGCCCGCUCGAGAAGGUUCUUUCACGAGAGAUGACGUCGCGACGCUUGUGGAUUCGUUGCAACGGUCGCAAACCAACGCCUUCAGGGAACUGCUGGAAAGCGUCAUCACAACCUCUAGGCACCCGUCGUCGUCUACUACAUCGACACCGUUUCCUGUAGAAGGAGGAAAUUUCUCUCGCUGCAAAGCUCGAUUCGCUGGAAAUGCAGAAGAGUCCAUCGAAGGUUUUAUUGACGCCAUUGAAGCCUACAAAGAUUGUGCAAACAUCUCGGACGAUAACGCCAUUCGAGGGUUAUCUAUGCUAUUAACGCAUUCAGCCGCAGAUUGGUGGCAGGGCAUAAAACCGGAGACAACUUCAUGGGCCGAAGUAUUGGACAGCUUGCGCCAUACCUACGGCGACAAUCGAGCUCCGCCACGCAUUUACCGCGACUUAUUUGCUACACCUCAAGGCGACGAAAAUACUCAUAUUUUCGUCGCAAAGUGCAGAGCGCUGUUGGCAAAAUUGCCGCGUAGCGAGUUGGCUGAGAAGGUACAAUUGGAUAUGGUGUACGGACUGUUAAACAAACGUAUACGUAAACGUGUUAAGAGGGAAGAGUGCGCAACGUUUAAGAUAUUGUUACAAAAGGCGCGCGCUGUCGAAGAAUCGUUGAACGAGAGUACGAACGAUACAAAGGCCGCCGCCGCUUCCAAGAACGUGAGCUACGCCUCGCCGAGUCGUCCCGUCGCCGUGUCAAAGCCGCCGCGCGCUGCCGCGAGCGCGAGCGCCGCGCCGCCGUCCCGCGAGCCCCGCGCGCCUCUGCCGCGUCGUUUAGAUAGAUGA